AUGCAGUGUGGUCAGUUCAUUUAUCGAGGGAUAGGUAUGAGGUGGAUAGCUCAGUGGUUAGGUCGCGAAUCUACUGACCGGGGAGUCUUUGAUUCGAACCCGAAUUCUGUCUCUCGACUUCUUCUGUCUAGACUUGGGCAACCUGGAAGUAUCCCAGCUUUCGUGCUUCCAUCUGGUGGCAUGGCAACUAGACACCGAAAGAGUGCUACAGCUGAACAAUUUCUAUUAUUAUUUUUAUGCCAACAGGCCCCCACUGAAUCUCUCAUUUGUGAUGCUUCCAGGCAACUGAAUAUGCCUCACCAGGCCGCCUCAUGUUUCAGCUGCCACGAUAUUCUCGAUAUCGCGAUACAUGUUGUCCGGAUCGAGGCAGAUGAUGGAACCUGUGAACUGGAUCCGGAAGGUGUUUGGACAUGCCUCUGCCAGGUCAUAAAGGAUGCGUUAUCAAAUGCUGAUGUUACGCCUGAAGAUGUCAAGUGCGUCGGCAUAUCCGUUCAGAGGAACAGCUUACUUCUCUGGGACAAAGACACAUCCAAACCUCGAACAAAUGUUAUCACGUGGCAAGAUUUGCGCGCUUCAAAUCUGACAAAAAGGUGGAACAACUCACUGGUCCUCCGAAGUAUGAAGGCGGGCGGUCACGUUCUUUAUUGGAUGACAAGACUACCUCGGUUCAAGGCAUUGGCUUCUUAUCGGUUCAAAACCAUUUUGGCCUGCAUCCGUCUAAAGCAUGUACUGGAUGAACGACCGUUGCUUCUCGCCGAAUGCCGUCGUGGUUCCGUUUAUUACGGGUGUCUGGAAACUUGGUUUCUUUGGCGCUUGACCGGGGGCGAGGCAUUUUGCACAGACGUCAGUUGUGCCAGUGUGUCAGGAAUGUAUGAUCCUUUCACCCGCAGAUGGAGCGGUCCUAUACUGUGUGCUCUUGGAAUACCCAGUGAAAUCCUCCCGGAAGUUUUUCCUUCAAGUCACUUGUACGGCUAUGUUCGCCAUGGACCACUGAAGGUUCUCAGUGAUGCUGCACCGGUUGCUGUUACAGCCCUUAUCGGGGAUGCUCAAGCAGCCACCUUAACGGAGGACUGUCUAGGACUUGGACAAGCGAAACUAACCUUGGGCACUGGCAGUUUUCUGAACAUGAGUACCGGAAACAAGGCUUACGCACUUAUGAACGGAUUCUAUCCUGUGAUUGGAUGGGCUUCCAGUUACCAUCCCACAGACACAAUGUCUGCACCGGAUGUCAGCUCCUGCGGUUCAUCACCCUGUGCAUCCAGUCAUUCCUCGGACCUCACGUACUUACUGGAAGGGUCCCAUCCAAAUACAGGCACGAUCAUCGAGUGGCUUAGAACAGAGCAUGUGUUUGACACUUACGCUGAAUUGGAACAACUUCUGGAACAAGGGGAUCAACUUGGACUUGAUGAUGAGGCGAAAACCGCAAAUACCUUCUAUGUGAAUGUUCCACCUAACCAUCUCAGACGCCAUCAGGAGUUUCUGGAAUACUCUGAGACCAUUAAACGGCGCAAAUUUAUCGGUCCGGACGGUGUGCUGGUUGGUGUCAAUGAGAGUUCGCCUGAGUUGAACCGAAUAAUCACCGUACGUGCUGUAAUGGAAUCUAUCGCAUUCACCAUCCGACAGAUGCUUGAGCAGUGUAGCAAGGAAGCUGGCCUUACUGCGCGCGAGUUGCGAGUCAAUGGCAAUGUUUCACUCUCCGACUGGUUAAUGCAGCGUCUGGCUGAUACAACAGGCAUUCCGAUUGAACGCAGUGGUUUUGAGGAAUCUAGUUGCUUGGGCGCUGCCAUCGCGGCUGGUGUAGGUGCAGGUGUUUGGUCCAGUUUCGCGGCAGCCACGCAGAUGUUGCACCACCGAAUGAACUCUGAGAAUGGCCGGUUCCGCUCUUCAUCUCAGGUCAACUGGACAUUAUGCAGACACUUUCAGCCUCGUCCAGACGUAGUACAACGGCUCCGUGGACGCUAUCGACGCUGGUGCCAAGCUCGACGUCGCUACAUAAGACAGCUCCGGUCAGCACGUAUUGUCGGUUUCACAGACUACCAUUGCACAAGUCCACAAACUGACACUUCCGUGCCGGGCCUCACACCCAAUUCAACGUGCCGUAUUGUGUUUUGAUCAGGUGGCUGUGACUUAACAUUCAGGCCUGUAUGAGAACAACAUGGUCUACGCGAGCACGCAAUCCUUUCAUGUAUUAGCUUCCCAGAAAGGUCUCCAGCUCUAUAUUUUCUAUUUUUGGGUCAUCUCACUGCUCUGAGUAUUAUUAUUGCAACCUAUUUUGAUACCUUUGUCUUGUUUUAUUCAUUUUUGUACGCGAACCUCUGUGACCAAACACAACCCACUGUAUGCUGCUGAUAUCAGUGUUUUGGAUUAUGGUCCUUGUGAUGCAGGCGAGUGUAACUGGGCUUCAUAUGUUGCUCGUCCAACACAUACUUGUCCCCUCCGCUCGCCGACGCACUGUCGAUUUUCUUGCCUAAUACAGUGUGCAAUCUUCCUAUUCUGUUUCACGUCUCGAUUAUUUAACUUUGGUUCCUUAUUUGUCGUUUACUGAUCAUCAUUACUGCUU